AUGGCAGAAUCCCACCUGCAAUCAUCUCUGAUCACAGCCUCACAGUUUUUUGAGAUCUGGCUUCAUUUCGACGCUGACGGAAGUGGUUACCUGGAAGGAAAGGAGCUUCAGAACUUGAUUCAGGAGCUCCAGCAGGCGCGGAAGAAGGCUGGUUUGGAGUUAUCACCUGAGAUGAAAACUUUUGUGGAUCAGUAUGGACAAAGAGAUGAUGGAAAAAUAGGAAUUGUAGAGUUGGCUCAUGUGUUACCCACGGAAGAGAACUUCCUGCUGCUUUUCCGAUGCCAGCAGCUAAAGUCCUGUGAGGAAUUCAUGAAGACAUGGAGAAAAUAUGAUACUGAUCACAGUGGCUUC